AUACCAUACAACAGUCCAGUUGCAGCACCAGGGCAAUUCUUUUUUGCUGAGCAUUUUGAUAACCUUCAGAAUUUUAAUAAGCGAUGGAUUCGAUCUGAAGCAAAGAAGGAAGGAGAUUUAGAUGAGGAAUUAGCAAAAUAUGAUGGUGUUUGGGAAGUGGAAGCUCCACAGAAACAGCUCAUGAAAGGAGACUUGGGAUUAGUUUUGAAAUCAAAGGCUAAACAUGCAGCCAUUUCAGCAAAAUUAGAUAAACCAUUUGUAUUUAGUGACAAACCUCUAAUAGUACAAUAUGAAGUCACAAUGCAGGAUGGUCAAGAAUGUGGAGGUUCAUACAUUAAAUUAUUAUCAGCUGGACCUGGUACUUCAAAUCUUAGAGAGUUUCGUGAUAACACUCCAUACAGUAUUAUUUUGGGUCCUGAUAAAUGUGGAGUGGACUCUAAAUUUCAUUUCAUAUUUAGACAUACAAAUCCUUUAAAUGGAUCAAUUGAGGAAAAGCAUUGCAAAAAACCAAGGGAACGCUUUGAUGAUGUCUUCUCUGAUAAAUUACCUCAUUUAUACCGACUUGUUUUGAGACCAGACAAUACAUUUACCAUAACUAUAGAUGGUAAGGUCGUUAAUGAAGGAUCUCUGUUAUUAGACUUUACACCACCAGUUAAUCCUCCUCAAGAAAUACCUGAUCCUGAUGAUGUCAAACCAGAAAAUUGGGAUGAUAGAGAAAGGUCCAAAAACAAAAUACCUGAUCCUGAAGAUAAACCUGAUGAUUGGGAUGAGGAUGAGCCUGCACAAAUUGUUGACCCAUCUGCAGAAAAACCUGCUGGUUGGUUGGAUACUGAAGAAGAAAUGAUUCCUGACCCUGAUGCAGUCAAACCCGCUGAUUGGGAUACUGAUAUGGAUGGUGAUUGGGAAGCUCCUUUGAUUCCUAAUCCUGCUUGUGAAGGUGCUGUUGGUUGUGGCUUAUGGAAAGCACCAUUGAUAUCAAACCCGAAAUAUAAAGGAAAAUGGCGAGCACCAUAUAUUACUAAUCCUAAUUAUAGAGGGAAAUGGGCACCUAAAAUGAUAGCCAAUCCUGGUUAUUUCCAAGAUUUACAGCCUUUUAAAAUGGCUCCUAUAGCAGCUGUUGGUAUAGAAUUGUGGUCAAUGUCUUCUAAUUUAUUAUUUGAUAAUAUUGUAAUAACUGAUAAUGAGAAUAAUGCUAAUUCAUGGGCUGAUGCUACUUUCAUUCUUAAAAAAGUCCACCUUGAUAAAGAAUCGAAAUCACUACAGCAUCGAUUUCUGCGUCUGCUGAAUUUCAAGCCUUUGGCUUGGUGGUAUAUGCAGUAUACUAUAAUACCAGGAAGCAUUCAGAGAUCGUCGAAACGACAUGACGCCAGUAGCAGGAUGAGGCCUGCCUCCGAUCCAAUCAAUUUACCUUUUGAUUAUGUAAAAAAUGUUGUCGGAAGUCAAACGGUAAGAAAAUCUCAUACUGAUACAUAUUUCCCAUUUGGGCCCCCCUCAGGAUUAGUGGAGUAG